AUGUCCGGCGCUCCCCUAAGCCCCGCUAGCACGACCAGUUCCGCAAAAUUUCGGCGGGACACCGGGUUCCCGGAACCUUUCUGUGGUGACCGAAAUACCACUCUGCCACACCCCGAAGCGAACCUCUCACCAGACGCGACUCUUGAGGCUGGUGACAUCGACGCCUCUAGAACCCUCCACCGGACCAAGAGGUCCUUCCUAGCCAAGAAGCAGAAGCACCGGAACGCGCUUGCGUACGGGAAGAUUGUGCCCACGGCCUACGACGACCAUGCUCUCUCUCACGAUUCUGAUCUCGACACGACGGGUGGUCUCGAGGAAAUGCAUGUCGUCAUGCUACCCGAUGGAAGGAUUUCUAAAGACGGCAAUCUCAGUCUUGAAUCCAUAGAGCAUGACGACACCGAGUCCCAAAAGAAGAAGAGGUCCUUUCUCAAGAGGCUCUUCCACCACCAUCACCCCGAUCAGCAUGGACACCACCACGACUAA